GCAUGAAAACGGUUGAAAACUUCUUGAAAGUAGUGGUUCCAUCUACUAAACUCAGUACAUCAUGGAGAACAAAUCGAGCAUCGCGAUUUUAUGCUUUUUAGGUCUGUUUGUUAUCGCUCAGGGUUUGACGUUUAAAUAUGAAGACUUGGAACAAUAUUAUAAAUGCUGGACGUAUUCGAACUGCGUUUCAGAUGAAGCCGCUCAAAAGAUUGAAGACUGCUUGAAGAUCUUGAAACCAGACGAGCUCAAAUCUACCUUCCAGUACGUUGAAGAUAAUUACUACAAAUACAAAAAUGAUGACCUUCCUGAUGCAGUAAAAGAAUACUGCAAUGAUUAUGAUGAUGAAACAAAGCAUGAUGCCUAUGAUAAAACAUUGAAUGGUGUUCUUACUUAUGAGAAGAAACUCUGUGGCGAAGACAAGGCAGGAGAAUGCUCAAGACUUGGACAAACAAUAGGAUGCGUUUUCUCAUAUUUGGACGUGUUGAAGCAAGAAGGCAAAUGCAAGACAGAUAACUGAGUUUUCAGAAAUGCCUUCAACUCUUAUAAAAAAUAUAUAAGAGUGCAUAUUUUUCUUGAAAUAAAUCAAUUGAUUGUUUA